AUGUCGAUGAAUCGUUCUUUAGGUGAAGGAAAAAUAACGAAGGUUCGUUCAAAUUUUAAUUAGCAAAGAAUAAUUAAUUGAGCUCUCAUUUCAGAUAACAAAAAGAAGUGCUAUAUUAAAUUGUGAACGAUUGGGAAGUGUGACUUUUCCGCUGACCGCGGCUAAUGUGAGCAAUAAUGAUUGUAGUGAUUUACGUGAAAAAUAUUCGGUGAGUUGGGAGUUUUCAGAAAAAAAAACACGUGGAAUUUUUUGAGAGAGACAAAGUAGUUUUCUCAAUUGUUCAAGCUACAAAAAUUACAAGAUCAGAAGAUUAUAUUUUAUCUACAGUAAUCCGAACUACAAAAAUUGGAUUUUUGCAGUUUGGUUUACUGUAAUUCCGAAAAGUCCAGAGUUUGAUCUCUAGUAACACGAACUGCAGAAUCACAGUAAUGUUUGCAGUUCGGAAUACUGUAGCUACAAUAUUGAUUUUCGAGAUGGCCUAGAAACCUCAGAUAAUUAAUUUUGGUGGCCUAGAAACUCAAAAAAAAUUGAAUUCUGAAAAAAAUCAAUAGUUACAACAAAAAUGUUGUCUAUUUUCAAAAAAAAAAAAUAAAAUCAUAUUAUCACGUGGCCACGUGUUCUACAAGUGUUCAUUUUAAUUUUCACAUUCCCCAUUUCAUUUCCACAUUAUUUCCAGCAAGAUGAAAUGUUAAUAUUUACUGCUCAAAAACAAUCUGGCGAUAGUUCAAAUGCUCGUUAUGUUGCCUCUUCUGUCGUAAAACGUCGUGAAUUAUUAUCGUGUUCUGGUAAAAUAACUGAAUGCUAUGAAAAGUUUUGUUAUGGUACGGUUGCCAAAUAUGGUCGUAUAUUUAUUCCAUAUUCUGCUCGUAUUGAAACUAAUCAAUCGUCGAAAGCUUGGCUUGGUAAAGGCGCUGAAGUUGGAAGAAGUGUGAAUAUGAAGGUGAGUAGCCACCCCUAAUAUUCACAAAAAAAAUCAUUUUUUUUUGCAGAUUUUCCGUCAACCCGAUAUAAAUAAUUGUCGAUAUGUUGCAUGGUCAUUAUCUUUAGCUGACUCAAUAUCAGUUCCAUGUUUUCCACUAAAUCUUCCUUCAAUUGCCUCUACCAACGGUUUAUCGAAUAUGAAUGGAACACCAAAUACAAUGGCACGUUUACCAAGUACAACUGGACAACUUCGAGGAGCCGAGAAAUCGCCCGAAUUUGCUGGAGAUCAAUUAGGUGUUGUUGUAUCAUUUACAAGUAAAGAAGAAUGUAUUAUUUAUUCGGCGGUAUGUGUUUUUUGUUUGUUUCAUUUUGAAAAAUUGAUUAUUUUUGGUUUUGUAGCAAACUGGAUUAUCGCAAGUGAAAGCAGCUCAUUGGAUGGAAUUGGGUCGAUUUGUUAAAUAUGAUGCUGUUAAACUGAAAAAUGUGACAAGUGAUUCGAAAAUUCAUUGGGCUGCAAAAAAUGUUACGGAUAUGGGUUUUGUGAGUUAUUUUUUUGUUGAGAUUUCAAUCAAUCAAAUGUUUUUUGCAGAUUUUUGAAGUAGUUCAAGACAAUAUAGAUGAAACAAAAUUACAUUUGAAUAUAAAAGCAGUUGUGAAUCGAGUAUCGUUAUCAUCGCGUGCCGCGUGGCUUUGGAAUGAUUUUAUCGGACGUAUCUAUGUGCCGCCAGCAUGUUUCAAUCGUAAUCUCAAAUCUCUAGCUUGUGUUGAAAUUCGUGCAUUAUAUACAGGAGCGUUUGAGGAUGUUCCAUGGAGUGCAAUUAAUAUUAAGGUUGGUUCGAUUUUUUAUGCUCAAAAAAUCCCCCAAACUCUUUAUUUUUCCAGAUUGUUGAAGGUGAAAAGGCUGAAUUAAUUCGUGCGCAAAAUGCUCAAUUAUUAUACACCAGCGACGAUUGGACAGUGAAAUUUAUUCAAACACAAACCUCCACAUUUUUCGGUUUCAUGGACAAUCCGCCUUACGGUUCGGCUUUUAUUGCGUGGACUGAUUUGAAUGAUGGCGAUACGCCACCGCCGCAAAUGAGCAAAUGCAGGUAUGUUUUUUGUGGGGUUUCAACCUUGAAAUGUUUAUUCUUGUUUGUUUUUCUACAGAGCUACCGUAUAUUUCCAACAACGAGAUGGCAAACAUGCAUGGCGUGCUGUUCUUGUCACACAACUUGAUGAAAAUAGCGAGCCAAUUGUUCCGCAUGCUGUUUAUAUGACCACUGGAAAACGAGAGAUGCCGGAGCCAUUUGUGGUGAGUUUAGGACGUUCACUCGAAUUCUGGGACUUAGAAAAUCUAGAAAAUGUUUUGAAGUUUCCUAACUUCGAGAAAACUCAGUUUCAUCUGGAACUUUUGCGGACCCUACAGUAGUUUUGCUCUUUCUUAAUCAACUGGGUGGCAGAAGACGAACAGAUGUACUUAUUCAGAACAAAAAAAACAAAUUUUUUUUUCGUUGUUCCUUUUUCCUCAUUAGAAAGUUUUUUUUCAGCAGAGAAUUUUUUCAUCUUAAUUUUCCCAUUCCUUCAACAGAUAGUUUCAAACAGAUGUUUAGUUGAUUACUUUUUUGUCUCGAUUCUUGUUAUAAGCAGCAGCAGCUGAUUAUUAUGUGUUACUCGAUUACCGUAGCCUUCUCUUUUUUUCUGUUAUUGACUCCGCCCUCUUCUUUAUUGACAGAAGUUUUUUUUUCUUCUUUGUACAUUAUCAUCUGAUUUCAUUCGCUUCUGAAUUAAUGGAUCUCGAAGAGUUUCGUUCGAUUUAUGGAAUUGCUUGGAGUAAUGGAGAAACUGUGAGAGAAAGUCAGAUGGUUCAAUGUUCGACGUUGGAGAAUUAUUUGAUUUCGUCUUCGUCGAAUAUUCCAGAUGUUAUACCGAAAGGAGAAAAGAAACGGCGUGCGCAAAAAUUGGUAGGAAUUUGUGGUCUUCUUAAUCAAUAACUCUGUUCUAUUGAUCCUUUCUUCUUCAACUUUCUUACCCACAAACAGGGAUUUUUUUUAUCAGGAAAAGUAUCCCGCCUACUUUAUUUUGAAUCUGAUGAUUCUGAAAAUUUGUAAUGUUUUUCUCUUAUUCAACCUCGGUUAGCCAGAAUAUAGAAAAUCAGAAUAAAUGUGAGAAAAACCAAAGUUCUAAGCGAGGUUUCUUGGUAAUUAAACCCUUUUGGUGCGGCUACUGUGAAUAUAGGUUUGCUGAUCCUAGAUUAUUGUAUUUUCUAGGCGCGGCUCCUAGACACGCAGCUUUGCUAGGUUCCGCUGUUCGACACACAAUCAUCAAAUUUUCAAAAUUAGAUGACGUAAACUAUGACGUGUCGAAAGUUUUGAAAAUCAUCUUUGAAAAAGAUCCAUUUAUUUCUUUCUUUUUAAUUUCAAACUAAGUGUGAGUUUCAAAAAAGUGGGAUUAUCCUUGUAUGAUUUCAAUAUUUAUCAUUUCUUAAUCUCUAUUUUUCUCAUUUUCCUCCCUGAACCAAUUUGUUCUCCUUGUAAACGUUCAAUUAUAUUAUUUCGUAAUUGAAAUUGAUCUGGCCUAACUAAUUUUUUUCUUUCCAAAUCAUAUUUUCUCGCAUUUUCAGCUGCUGCUGCUGAUAAAAAGCCGUGUUCAACCAUAAUUGAUUUUCAGCUGUUCUCGGAAACGCGCUCCGAAAAAAAGUGCUAUAUAUAUUUUUCACCUUUCUGUCUCAAGAGAUCAAACUUAUAACGAACAUGUCAUUUUGUUUUCGGCGCUUCUGAAAAAUAAAAAUAAAAUAAGCUCCGGUGCUGCUACCUGCUAAUUAAAUUCGGGUUUUGCCCAUUUUUCAUUUAUUCAUAUAGUAAAGUAAAGUUAUUUCCGAAAAAAACACGAAGAAGCUAUAUUUAUUUUUUCUAGAUUUAUUUUUCCCUUUCUAUGUACAACCCAAGAAAAAUUAUUUCAUAUUGUAUUCCAAUUCCAGGCACCACAAUUGAAUAUCACACCAAAUUUAACAAUGCCACCACCGGGUCUUCCACCAGUUCCACCUGCAAAUCAAUGGAAUUUAUCAGCUAUCAAAGCAUCGCCGCCACCUCCGCCACCGGUUCCAAUGUCAACACCAAUCAAACCAAUUGAUGUCUCAACACCUCCGCCAACUUUGCCACAUCCAAUCGCAAGACAAUUCUCAUCAUUUGGUGUGAUUGGAAGUGGAAUAACAUCUCAACAACAACACAAUCAACAUCUUGGUUCACCAGCGCAAAUUUCGCCACCAAGUUCCGAUUCAACACCGCCUGUUGGAUUAGUUUCACCAAUCGGUCAACUCGCCGAUGAUGUAUUUGUGCCAACACCAUUUUCGGAAAAACAAACCGAUUGGAAUUAUAGUAUUUGGGGUGAUUUCACCAGUGGUGAUUUUGCGAAAUGGCGACGUGAUCCACAAACUGAUCCAUCUGCAUUGUCUACCUCAACAUCGAAUAGCACUCAAAUUAGUUCGACGUCUCAAAUGAGAAAUGCUUUUCAAAAGUUUGUGCCAGUUUUUGAUCCGGAACCGGUUGAUUUGAGUGUUUUUGCGUCGUAAGUUUUUUUCUCACCUUUUUUUUGGGAUUGUGUGAUUUACUGUUUUUUUUAAUUUAUGCGUAUGUGAUCAAACUAGACUAUAGUUUUUGGAAGUUCUGGUUUUUUUUGAAGAAUAAAAACUAUAGUCUAGUAUGAUCGUAGUUUGAACCUGAAGACUAGAAAAUAUUUAUAUACGAAAAAGUUUCAAGCCGCAUCGCAACCGCACGCGCUCAAAGACACCUGUUUUCAAGAUCUAUUAUUCUCAAUUUCCAAUAUAUUUUUUUCAGUAAAUCGAGUUCAAAAGUGAGCGUUGAAACUCAAACCGAUGCUUUGGCCGAAGAAUUGGUUCUCCGUGAUAUGAUGUCAUCAAAAGAAUUCCGUUCAAUGCUCAUCAAAAACUUUCCUGAACAAUUUGAUCGUAUUUGCGAUUUAAAAUUCUAA